GAGGCGGGACAAUGAGUUAAACACCAUGAUGGACAUCAGCAAGAGAGUGGAGCUGAAGCUGAGCAAGGAUGUGAUGGCGUACGCCAAGAGCAAGAUGGCUUCGGAGAGCAGGCGAGCCGCGCUGGAGGACGAGCUGGCGGCGGUGCUGACGGACGUCCUGCUCGGCCUGGAAGUCUUUGUGGAGGCGGUGGAGAGGCUGACGGUCACCACGCCGCACGUCUUCAAGGACGAGGUGUUCAAAAUGCCCGACGGCGUCAGCUGCGGUGACGUGGAGCUCGCCAUUGGCACAGCGCGUCGGGCCUGCCCGCUCGCCAUUGCGUUUAAGAGAGACGCAAAAGUCUUCUUCCUGCCUGCGCUGGACAAGGUGCAGGUGCUGACCUACGUGUUGGACAAAUACGUCCAGACUGCACUCAGCAUGUGUCUCCUAUUGAACAAAAGCAACUUCUGCCUCAACAUGGCCAUGAAGACGACAUUGGACCCAGGAGUGGAGCUCCUUGUGGACGUGUCUGCAGACCAGAGGACGCUUCACCACAUCACCCACUCUGACCACCUCAGGAAGGACGCCAACUUCCGGCUGGUCUUCAUGCUGCAGGACAAGGCCAGUCGCCGCUUCAUCAUGGAGUUCAGCCAACGUCGUCCCAGGAUGCUUCAGCUUCUGAACCAACUGGACCACAGCGCCCUGGAGUUGGUCAGGAUGAACAAAGCCCAAAAAAUCUCCAGCGCUGUGGGGAGCUCGUUGGGCGUGUCCAUCACCAGUCUUGCCAAGAUCCCCUUUUCUGCCGGGACAUCUCUGACUAUGAGCAUGGCCGCGCUGGGCCUCGGACUCUUCGCUUGGGUCAACUGUGCCGUGGUCUCGGCCGCAGGUUUCAAAGUCAACCAGAGACACAAUAAGAAAGCCAAUGAGGCAUUUGAGAGCUUCAUGCAGGAAGUAAAGUGUCUGGAAGACGCACCUGUCAGCGAGGUUCUUUGUGAGACAGACGCCGCCAUUCCUUCUCGGCUGCUCAACAACCACCAAGUGAUCACGAGGGUCGGCAAAGUGGUGGUUCAGGGUGGAAAAGCUUUCCGAAAUGUCCACAAGAUGGUGGCGGACGUCAACAAAGUAAGUCAGGCGACCACUAGAGGGUUCCUGCUUGCGUCACGCACGGCCAAGGCCAGCCUCAUCCCGCUUAACGGGGUCUUCAUCAGCAUCGACGUCUUCAUCAUCUGCAUGGACAGCAUCGCUCUGGUCCAAGGAUGCCACACCAAAGUGUCCCAUUUCAUCCGAGCAAGAAGCGCCCUGUGGCGCCACAAGAUGGACGCCUGGCAGAGGAUGUCAGACUCGUUGGUCCAAGGCUUGGCGACCCUGGAGGACCAGGCCUUCAUAGAGGCGAAGUUUUACCACCAUGAAGAAGAAGACAGGCAACAUUGUGUCAUUUAGUAGAAAACAUGCUAAACACAGGGAGAACUUGUCCU